AUGUCAGAAGAGAAGAUAACGCCAUCAUCAACUCCUGAUGUUGAAGUAGUGGAACCAAAAAUAUCUAAGAAAAGAGAAGCUAAGUUGAAAGUGCUUGCUAAAGAUGAAUCAGAUACAGUUGAAACCAGUGUCGAUAAAGUUGAUUUCACCAAAGGUGGAGUAGAGAAUUUUAAAUUCUAUCCAGAUAAUCCAGAAAACCAUCGACACAAGUAUAGAUGGACCAUGAAAGAACCAUCAAAGUUUUAUGAUCCAUGUGAAGAAAGUAGACAAGCUUCAAUGAAUUGUCUUUUAAGAAAUCAAACUGAUAGGUUAGCGUGUCAAGACUUCUUUGAUGCUUAUAAAGAAUGUAGAAAGGAUUUCUUUAAUAAGAAGAGGCAAGAUAAAAUAGACGGUAAGGGCGGUUGGGGAUUUUGGUAA